AGCUUUCCUCAGUUGACCAGCCUCAUUGGUACUGCACCACCGAGCAAUUCAUGUUGAGAUCCUUCGAGGGCUUGGGUAUAGAUGAUGAGGCGGAGAAAGGACUCCGUUGACCGUUGCGGCGAAAUGUCGAACAUGGGAAAGAGACUGGAAGUAUAUAAGAUGAGAACAUCGUCACCUAUUUACCUCAUCACCAGCAUUCAUUCCUAGGCUACCCACUAGCGUCCGACUUUCGCUACAAGAUGCUUUCCGCAGCACUCCUUCUCGGCGCUGUCGCCACCCUUCUCGACGUCGCAUCCGCUCACGGCUUCGUCAGCGGUGUCAGUACCAACAAUGUCUGGACCAAGGGCUCCGACCCAGUGUGGUACUACUCCCCUGCGAACUCGAGGCCUCAGACAGCUGGCUGGGACUCUUUGAACCAGGAUCUUGGAUUCGUCGAGCCCGCUGCCUUGGGCACUGACAACAUCAACUGCCACAAGAGCGCGACCGCCGCCAGGCUCUACGCCAGCGUCGCUGCCGGCUCUCAACUGACCUUCUACUGGAACACCUGGCCAGACAGCCACAAGGGUCCCAUCAUCAACUACAUCGCUCCUUGCAAUGGCGACUGCACGACCCUCACUCCCGGUGCCCUUCGCUGGAGCAAGAUCUCCCAGGCUGGCCUGAUCACCCCCGGCGGCACGGGAAUCUGGGCCACCGACAACCUCAUCCAGACCAACUUCACCUCUACUGCUACAAUUCCCAAGAACCUGAAGGCUGGUAACUACGUAAUCCGUCACGAGAUCAUUGCCCUGCACGGCGGUCAGAGUGACAACGGCGCGCAGCUAUACCCUCAGUGCUUGAACUUGCAGGUCACAGGCAGCGGUUCAGUCGCCCCGUCUGGCGGUGUUGCUGGCACAAGUCUGUACAAGAGGAACGACGCUGGCAUUCUGUUCAACCUCUACACCAGCCCCACCAGCUACCCAUUCCCUGGUCCAGCGCUGUGGACUGCGGCAAACUAGGCUAUGAUUAGCCUGGAGGCAGUGAGUGUUUGUGUUGCAGGUUUCCAAUGUCUGAACUUGUUGGUUGUCAACGUCGAAGGGAUUGAGGAGUGAGAAGAUGUAGAGAGCUUCUUGUCAAUACUUCGCUCGUUUAUACGAGAGCUUUUUACUUCCCUUACGACGUUCUUGUGACUC